AUGGAUCAGCAACUUAUCUCCCUCGUCAACAAGGACGUUUUCGCGUCCAUCGGCGUCCCGAACACGAUCAUUACGGUCAUCGGUUCGCAGUCGAGCGGAAAGUCUUCGGUUCUGGAGAACAUUGUCGGACGUGACUUCCUCCCUCGAGGAUCGGGUAUCGUUACCCGUCGACCUCUCGUGCUUCAGCUCAUCAACCGACCCGCCACCCACAAGGCCAACGGUGCGAAAGAUGAGAAGAAGGACGGCGAGCAGAAGGACGGUGAGGAGGGUGUCGUCGACGCUAUGGCCAAGACGCGCGUGAACGAGACGAACCCUGACGAGUGGGGAGAGUUCCUGCAUCUCCCGGGCCAGAAGUUCUACGACUUUGGAGCCAUUCGUGACGAGAUUGUGAAGGACACGGAGAAGAUCACGGGAAAGAACGCCGGUAUCUCGCCGAACCCGAUCAACCUCCGCAUCUUCUCUCCCAACGUCCUUACUCUUACGCUCGUGGAUCUGCCCGGUCUUACCAAAGUCCCCGUCGGCGACCAGCCUCGUGACAUCGAGAAGCAGAUUCGCGACAUGCUCAUGCGUUACAUCUCCAAGCCCAACGCUAUCAUCCUCGCCGUUACGGCUGCCAACACUGACCUGGCCAACUCUGACGGUCUCAAGCUCGCUCGUGAAGUCGACCCGGAGGGAACCCGUACCAUCGGUGUGCUCACCAAGGUCGACCUGAUGGACCAGGGAACCGAUGUUGUUGACAUUCUCGCCGGUCGCGUCAUUCCUCUUCGUCUUGGUUACGUCCCUGUUGUGAACCGUGGCCAGCGCGACAUCGACACCUCCAAGUCGAUCGCCUCGGCUCUCGAGAAUGAGAAGAAGUUCUUCGAGAACCACCCCAGCUACGCCUCCAAGGCUCAGUACUGCGGUACCCCUUGGCUCGCUCGCAAGCUCAACAUCAUCCUCAUGCACCACAUCCGCAACACGCUGCCCGACAUUAAGGCGCGCAUCUCAUCUCAGCUCAGCAAGUACUCGGCUGAGCUCGACGCUUUGGGUGGCCCCAUGGGCGAGACCAACCCAGGGUCUGUCGUGCUGUCGACCAUCACCGACUUCUGCACAGAGUUCCAGCGCUCCAUUGACGGUGACACCAACGACCUCUCGCUGAACGAGCUUUCUGGAGGUGCCCGUAUCUCCUACGUCUACCAUGAGCUCUACAACCACGGUGUCAAGAGCAUCGACCCCUUUGACCAGGUGAAGGACGGAGAUAUCCGAACGAUCCUCUACAAUUCGAGCGGUUCGACUCCUUCGCUCUUCGUUGGAACCGCCGCCUUCGAGGUUAUCGUGAAGCAGCAGAUCCGCCGUCUCGAGGACCCCUCAUUGCGAUGUGUCGCCCUCGUCUACGACGAGCUCAUCCGUAUCCUUGGCCAGCUGUUGGCCAAGACGGCCGCUUUCAAGCGGUACCCCGAGCUCAAGGACCGCUUCAACUCGGUCGUCAUCAACUACUUCAAAACCUGUAUGGGUCCCACUAACAAGCUCGUUACCGACAUGGUUGCUAUGCAGGCCUGCUACAUCAACACCACCCACCCCGACUUCCUGAAUGGCCACAAGGCCAUGGCCAUUGUUCAGGAGCGCCUGAAUGCCAACAAGCCUCCCGAGAAGGUCGACCCUAAGAAGCCCAAGGAUCUCGGCGACCUUGAGACGAAGAGGGACGACUCGUUCUUUGGUUCCUUCUUCAACAAGGACAAGGCGAAGCGCAAGGGUGCGGCGGCGAUGGAGGCUCCUCCCCCCAUCAUUAAGCCUGUCAACCAGCUCUCCGACCGCGAGCUUAUGGAGACGGAGGUUAUCAAGCUCCUUAUCAAGUCGUACUUCAACGUCAUCCAGCGUGAAAUGAUCGACAUGGUGCCCAAGGCGAUUUCUCUGAACCUCGUCAACCACUGCAAGGAGACGCUCCAGCAGCACCUCCUCAUGAACCUCUACCAGCCGAAUGUCAUCGAGGAGAUUCUCAAGGAGAGCCCCGACAUUGUCAGCAGGAGACGUGAGCUAGUCAAGCUCACCAAGGCUCUCCAGCGGGCCGAGGAGAUUGUCGCCACUGUUUAA